GCACCGCGCACCCGGAUGGCCCCCGCUAACGAGCGAGCGGCGCAGGAGCCCAGCCCCAGCGCCGACCGCAGGUUAAGUACGCUGGUGCGGCACCUGCUGCCUUCCUCCCCACGAAGAACAGCGGCAGCAGCAGACACCUCCGCCACCCUCGAAUCGUUCCCCACCAUGGCGUCGCAGGUAGCCUCCGUCUUCGCCGGCAUCGCGCAGGCCCCGGAGGACCCGAUCCUCGGGGUGACGGUUGCGUUCAACAAGGAUCCCAGCCCGGUGAAGAUCAACCUCGGCGUCGGCGCCUACCGGACCGAGGAAGGGAAGCCCCUCGUGCUGAACGUGGUCAGGCGCGCCGAGCAGAUGCUAAUCAAUGACCCGUCUCGUGUGAAGGAGUACCUACCAAUCACUGGUUUGGCUGAAUAUAAUAAGCUGAGCGCUAAGCUUAUCUUUGGUGCUGACAGCCCUGCUAUUCAGGAGAAUAGGGUUGCUACAGUGCAAUGCCUAUCAGGAACUGGUUCUUUAAGAGUGGGAGGUGAAUUUCUUGCAAAGCACUACCAUGAACGCACUAUCUACAUCCCAGUACCAACCUGGGGAAACCACCCAAAAGUCUUCACCCUAGCUGGAUUGACUGUCAGGAGCUACCGCUACUAUGAUCCUGCAACCCGUGGUCUUGACUUCAACGGACUCUUAGAAGACCUCAGUUCUGCUCCUUUAGGAUCAAUUGUACUGCUGCAUGCUUGCGCCCAUAACCCUACUGGUGUAGAUCCUACCAUUGAUCAAUGGGAACAGAUUAGGCAGCUGAUGAGAUCAAAAUCAUUGCUUCCGUUCUUUGACAGUGCUUAUCAAGGCUUUGCGAGUGGAAGUCUUGACAAAGAUGCCCAGCCAGUGCGCAUGUUUGUUGCUGAUGGUGGUGAAUUGCUCAUGGCUCAGAGCUACGCUAAGAACAUGGGAAUGUAUGGAGAGCGUGUUGGCGCUUUGAGCAUUGUAUGUGGAAGUGCUGAUGUAGCUGUUAGGGUUGAAAGUCAACUCAAGCUUGUGAUUAGGCCUAUGUAUUCAAGCCCUCCUCUUCAUGGUCCCUCUGUCGUGGCAACCAUACUCAAGGACAGUGAGAUGUUCAACGAAUGGACUGUGGAACUGAAGGCCAUGGCUGAUAGGAUAAUUAGCAUGAGGCAACAGCUAUUUGAUGCGCUAAAAUCCAGAGGAACUCCUGGAGAUUGGAGCCACAUCAUUAAGCAAAUUGGGAUGUUUACUUUCACUGGGCUCAAUAGCGAGCAAGUGGCCUUCAUGAGGCAAGAAUACCACAUUUACAUGACAUCCGACGGGAGGAUCAGUAUGGCUGGUUUGAACAUGAGGAAUGUGCCCCAUCUUGCAGAUGCCAUACACGCUGCAGUUACUCAACUGAAGUGAUGGCAGCAUCUCGUCUUCCUCCAUGGAUAAAAUCCAAAUCACCUACAGCAGUGUCCUGAGGACUCAGCUAGUGGUAUUUACUGGCAGAACUCCUGUAAUUUGCCUUUUAAUAGACAUGUUUGACUCUGUUAUCGGAGCAGUUUUCUACUGACGGAUUCAAACAUCAUGGUGCUUUUAGACACCAAAUAUAAAAGACGCACAUGCAUAUGUUUUUUGCAUCAUCAGUGCCAAGUAUU